AUGGCGGCGACUAUCGACAACAAACGGCUGCGCAACAGCACUGGAUCGGAACUGUCGACGUACUUCCGAGAACUCCACGACACCAUCGGCCCGCAGGUGGUCUUCAAACAUCUACUUGACGGCGUCGAUGUAGAGUCCUUCCCACCCAGAGUCGUGACCACCUGGAUCCAUGGCUUCGCUCAGAUAGAACAACUUCUCGAAGCCAUGAAAUUUAGGCACUCGAACAUGGUACGACGAGUGGCCAUCCGCCGAUUCGGCUUGCGUGUGGGCUCCAAGCAGUUCCCGGAAGUCUGGAAGGUCGCUGGCGGGACUGAAGGGCUGUUGCAGCUCAUGACUAGGCUCUCGGUCCACGAUGUCGGCCAUCUCUGUCGCAUGCUUGGAGCGAAUGCAACCAAGAGAGCGCAUCGGGAGUUACGACAGCAAUGCAUGACGGAGCUCGUGAAGGCGCUGGCGUCCGAUUCCUUUCUAGAGUCGACAGUGCAGAACCCUGAUCAGCGGCCACUGCUGAAGUACUACGCCUUCAUCGUUCCCGCCUGUACGGUAGAUCUAGUGGAUGAAUGGUCUGCUAAGGACGAUCUCCCCCGUGCGGAUCGCUUCAGGCUCUAUCAGGCGCACACAGCACACUUCCAGCAACUGUGCCUCGAGAAGUGCGACAAGCCCGGCACUGGCUUCAAGCCCAUGACCUACGAGGCGCUCUUCAAAUGUGUCCCGCCCGAGCCAGCAACGGAGAAAGUCUCGGCGAGCAUGCAGUUCUCGCUGGACUUUCUGCUCAAGCUCGAGACAUCGGAUAUUGCCGACGUUUCGUUCAAUCACAGGUAUCGAGAUGUCGGACAGCAUCUGCUCGCGCGUCUGGAGAAGAGGUCGCACACGGCCUCACUUCGUGAAGACACCUUACGCUGCCUUCUGCGGGCCCCCGUGCCACAGGAUCGAGGUGGCAGGACAUUUGGGCUUGAUGAGAAUGGACUCUUUGGUUAUGUCAUUCGGUUAUGGAAGGAGGGUCCUGCUGUCUACGAGUACCUACUGGUGGAUUUUCUGAAGUGCUCUCACAUUUCCGACCUAGGUUCUGUGGCCGGUCUCCUGCAUCACAGCAGCGAGCUCAAUCUUUCGUUACUGAAGCUCGCACUCUUGCAUCUGCCGCGGCUUAAAGUCCGCUUCAACGAAGAUGCUGACGUCGCUGGCGUGAAAGCGCGAUGGCUACCUGAUAUCUUCCUGAGGAUUCCGAAAUCUGCAGGCUCCGCUCUUCUUCAACGGCUGAUACAACUCAAGCCAGACAAAAACUUCAUCCAACGGCGUUCUUCAGGCCUGUUCGCCGUCGACGACCAUGAGCAGCUUGCGAUGCUUGAAGUGAUGCUUUGUCCUGAUGAAGCGGAGGCUUCGCAGAAAGCUCAGAAAGCGGCGGAACGAUGUCGCAAUAAGGCCACCAAGAUCAGAGAUCAAGACGAGCGAGCGCAAUGUGUCGCAUCUGUGGUAUAUUUCGCUGUGGCCUCCCGCUCCCUGGAUUUCCUGGAAGAAAUUGUGCUGUGGCUUCGCAAAUACAACAAGGACGUCUUCACGGUGAAGCGGGUGUACUCCACAGGCUCUCCGUUCGAGACUGAGGAGUGCUUGGAGCUACUUGCUGGUGUGAAUAAUCGCUCUCAGGUCGUCAAAGUCAAGGAGCUCAAAGAGCACGUGCAGCAUGCGAACCGGAUCAUGCUGCUGUUGCUUGAGACUGCAUGCAUGGGUUUGCGGGAGCCCAGUUUCUACCAGGAUGAUUGGCACUCUGUGAUCCAGUUGUUAAGGGCAGUGACCGAGAGAAGGACCACCAGUGUUCGGUUUCUGCAGGACAAGCUGGGACUUGGUGAAGAUCAGAUCUACGAUGCAGUCUUUGAAGACACGCUGUGGACGCUCGUCAAAGCAGAGUCAAUCGGGCUAGAGGAUGGUCACGAGAAGCUCGGCCUCCGCCAGGCAAAUGGCCCCAUGUCUUGGACCGGCAGCCAUGGGAAGAAAGUGAUGUCUCGAGCGGUCAACUGCCGCCUCCUCGACGAACUCGCAGAACGCAGGAAUGAGCUAUGGGAGGAGCACCGUAAAAAGGUACACUCCGCCGUCGUGGCAUUGCCUGAACCAUGGACGAAAGGCUUACCCAUCCAAAGCCUGCUCUCUUCGACCUUGAAGGAGGUGAUGGAUGACGCGAUGCCUUAUCUGCUCUCACGAGUCGAACAUAUCCUGUUCCUCGACUCUGCAACUGCCUUGGCUGAUCAACCCAAUGACAAGGACACCAGAACAGCCAUAGGAGGGUUUGUGGAUAAAUAUAUUACCGCGCUUCGCUUCUACAUAUCUGCGAACCCACAAGCCAGACAAGCUCGCACACAGUCCGCCUGGAAUCAUGCCCUCGAGAACCUGACGGAGCCCAGCAUGACAGACCAUGAGGCACUCCACUACUGGUCGGAGAUGUUCGGACGGGCGGACGCAGACGUCUCAGAGCUCAGCAAGACCCCUGUCGAACGACCAGACCCGCUGCUCCCAGAUGUCGAAGACGUCUCAGAGCCCACAGAGUGGAAUCCCGAUCCUGAUCCAAGCCAGUGGGACACACUAGCCCGACCGCUGCGCGCAACCUGCAUACAAAUGUUGCUAAACCCGCCGCGAGUGCUCAGGCUCGACGAGCACACGCCUUUCGCGCCCAUAGAGCCCUAUACGUUUGGAUUUGUGCAGCAGCCGCGUUGGCAACAAUGCGUGAACUAUCAGAAAGGCUGGAAACGUCUCCCACCAGCCACUCAGGAAGCGUUGAUCGCGGCGGCUUUGCUGCUAAUUAACAGCCACUGCUGCGCAGAGAAGCGUCUGCUAGCUCAGCCGUUUCCGUCCAAUGGCGAUGCUCGCUUUCCUGCGCUGUACUUGGAUGAUGAGUUCUUGGACGAAGAGAAUACUGGAGGCAACUAUGUCUGGCCAGUCGUGGAAGGGCUCAAACAGCAAAUACCCUCUUCGCUGGGCCUGGAACUCUGCAAGGCUAUGUUCAACAGGCCUAAAGGAGAGAAAUACGACCCGUCAGCAUUCACCCUGAUGAAGUAUCUUAUUGAGAGCGACCGGCCUGAGAUGUUUCUGAAGCUCAUCAAACAUGUGAUCGUCUGCCGACCUGACGACAGUUCAUGGCACCGGCAUCUGUUCAACAACGGCUUGCUGAGAUCAUUGCCAAGUGAUGUUGCACGAGACUUUCUCACUGGUAUUGCCGACGAGAUCAAGGAGGCUCUGCAGAAGCGACCAAGCCUGAAGAAAGAGUAUGGGCCAAACACAACUGACAAGACUGGCCCGGUGGUGAAAGUGAGCACCGUCAAGAUGCUGGCUCAGAUCAUGUCAGGAGCCGAUUUUGUCGACGAAGGUUUCACCGUCAAUCUGCUGGUUGGUCUCUUCACCUCCAGUACCCAUCUUGACGUUCGAGCGGCAGUAUGUGGCAGCCUCAUCUCAUUGAUGCUGUCAACGACCUGCGACGCAACCGUGACAGCAGUACUGGAGGCACUGGAAACUCAUGCUGUGCCGAUCGCAGCAUCCCCGAGCGAGUUCAAGUCGUUGAGUGAAGCAGACUGGGAGGAAGCCGAGCGCAGUGGCACAAUACCCGAAGUCGACAACAACACUCCUAUUGCCGACGCUCUGUUUCAAGCGGUCAGCUCGGCAGAUGAGUCUCUACGUGGUACUGUGAUCGACCGACUCCUUCUACCCACGCUACGCAAGUCAGCGGAGAACAACAGACGAUGGAUGUCAGUCUUCCUCAAGCAACACCAUUUCGACCUGUCGCCAUCAUCGCUACCUCCAGUGCCCGUACAUCCUUCUUUGCUCACCAAUCUGAUCAUUCGCCAUACACAACUGGUUCCUCUGGACCUUCUCAACAUCUGGACAGACGCUGCUUUCGUUACUGCAGAGCAAGACAUAGAACUGCUGUUGAUCAACGAGACCAUCCGAAACUCGCCGGAUCUUCGAUCUUGCAAAGCAGGUCGGCACUGGCUCAAUCUCUGGCAAAGCAACUCUCCGUCUGACUAUCACGGCUCGGUGGUGACUUCACUUUUGCUCAAGCCCAUCGAAACCGAAGUCCACAAUGGCAUCACGAAUGAGCACGUCGUUCAGGCCUUCGAGAGGCAGCUAGACGCUGUGAUCAUGAAGGGGGAAAAGCAGGCGGCAGAACGCUCGAUUUUGUUGCAGGAGCUGGCUCCACCGCACCGAAAGAACGAGGACAUGUGGCGACACUGGCAGCGGUAUUGCAGGCCGCUCAUCCGCCGCUUCGUGAGGGAAAUUGACAGCAUGAGGACGCCAGAGUGGCAGCGGGAUCCAGACCGCAAGCCGGAUACGCUGCCAGAUACGUAUGAGAUGAGGCUUUGGCUGUUGACGUAUCCCAGCUUGGUGUGGACGCCAGACCAUGUCGAGCAUCGGCAGACGUUCGCAAAUGAGCUGAAAGCCGAGGUGGAAAGGCAGGCUAGUUCUGAUAGGCCAUAUCACGGGGCUUACGCAGCGCUGAAGAAGGCGGCGAUGAAAGCUUGGCCGCAAGACUACUGCUUCCUAGCGUCUGAGAUGGGCCCGUUGGAAGACUUGUCCCAGCUAGAGGAGCUGAGUGUGGCCGACUCGCUUCGCGCAGAGCUCGCGGGUGAGCUCGUGAAGGAUGCGAAGGAGCCGAAAGACCUUUCGGACGCAACGCUCGUGUGGGAGAUGCUGCAGGCAUGGAGGGCGUCGCCCCAUGAGGAGCUACGGAUGCGCGCAAUCCCGAGGAUACGGGAAGCUCUGGAGCAUGACGAGAAGAAGUGGCUGUGUCAGUCUUAA